AUGUCCGCCCUUUCACCAACCGGCCCCUCCCAACCAACCCAAAACCAAGCCUACGAAACCCCUGGCAACCCAGUCUCCGCAAACCCCACCGAGAAAGCCACCCAAGGCUUCAACGCCUCGGACAACAGUGCCUCAGUCGACCAGCGCAUCCCGCAGAAGCAAGCCUCCGACGCCGCCGGCGACCGCAACGCCAAGUUCGAGGAGGGCGCGGGCGUGCACGGCGCGCCAGCUGGUGAAGAGAGGAAGGGACUCAGCCAAGAGGAUGUAGGAAGGCAUAAGGAGCUGGAUGGGCAGCAGAUGGCUGCGCCGGGUGAGGGGAGGGUGGCGGACGCUGUUGCACAGGGCGGGAAGGGGAUGGGUGGGGGUGGGAGUGAGCCGAGCUUUACAAGUGAUUUGGACAGGAAGAAGGCUGAGCAGGCUGAAGCGAGAGAGGCUAUCAAGCAGGAGAGGGCUGGAAAUAUUCAGGCUGGAGGCGCGGCGGGACAGACUGGUGGUCCUGCGAACCCUGUUGAUCAGGGUGGCUACCCUAACGGUGGUCCUCUGAACUAGAUGUUUGGGUCUGAUCGCAGGGCGAGAAAAAGGGAUAGCGAGUGAGUGUUACACAAGAGAGCUCACCUCCGGCUCAACAUAACCACGAACAUAAUACUACCAAAUGACCAAGCACUCGAUCUAUCUUACCCUGCCGGUG